GCAAGAUCUUUGGUUUAGCUGGUUUCAGUGUGUAGUCAGCUGCAACUUUGUGGAUUUGCGGAAAUUUGUGUGUGACACUCUCCAGACUGUAGAACUGAAGUCAUGGACCAGGAGCCAACUAUGUGGAUAAAAAAUGAGGUAAUGGAUGAAGUACAAACUGAGUUACACUACAUGGCCCAAGUUUACCCAUGCAUCAUGAAUGUAAAAGAUGAGUUGGAGGAGAAUGUGAAUAAAGAGUUUCUUGAAGACCCAUUAAAGGCCGACGGCCAUAGUGUUUGGGUAAAGCAAGAUCCCGAAAUGAAACAACAUGCUGAUGGAUCAGAGCAUAAUACUGUUAAAGAUCCAUUGGGAGUAUCUUGGUCCACUGAUUUUAUCAAGGAGGAUCCUGAACUAAAUUUGGAAAUGGAUGUAACUGAGAAUAUUGUAGAAGCCUCAACAAGAUAUGCAUCUGAUAGUGCAAGAUUGAUUCAGAGUACUGGUGGGAGCUGUGGCAUAUCAUGUGAAGAAAUUUGUCACCAGGGACUGGUCCAGGAUGAGUCGGUGAUAGACAUGGAGAAGUCAACACAUGAGUUUGGUACAGAAAAUGUGAUUAUUGAUAAGGAAUGCUCAGUUGCCACCCAACAUGACUGUAGUAAGAGGGAAAAGGAAUUACAUCUGUAUAGCUGUGAUUUCUGCCAACAGAACUUUCCUUCAAAAUACAGACUCAUAAUGCAUGUGUUUAUGCACAUUGAUGGCACACAACCACCUUUGUAUGUUUGUAAGUGGUGUGGUGAGGUAUUUCACAGUAAGGUUGGUUUGAAAAAACAUUUGAGAAUGAGAGAGAAUUAUCAUGUCUUAACUGCUGGCCACCAUGAAAAAUAUGGCUAUAAUGAUGAGCAUCAAAGCAUUAUCUUCUUGGAUAGUGAGCCAGAAGUUUCUGUAACAGAACACGUUGAACAGUCUUCAUAUAAGGAAACUUGUAAAACUUCAAAGAAGGCCUCUAAUGACAUGUGUAACACACACAUGACAAAUGAUGUAGAGAAAACAAGUGGUUAUGGAAUUUUAUGUACAGCUGUUAAUGUCAGUGCCCAGGCUGAUCUACAUAUUGCAAACAGAACCGACAAAUGUGGUAUUUGUGGCAAAUGGUUUGCUAGGUCAGGUGAUCUGAAGACACAAGCAUUAAUUCACACUGAAAAGAAAUCUCACAAAUGUGAGAUUUGUGGGAAAUCUUUUACUAUGUUAGGCGAUCUCAAGAAGCAUUUGUUAAUUCACACUGGAAAUAAACCUCACAAAUGUGAGAUUUGUGGAAAAUGUUUUGCUAGAUCAGAUUGUCUCAAGACUCAUGUAUUAAUUCACACUGGAAAGAAACCUUACAAAUGUGAGAUUUGUGGAAAAUGUUUUGCUACAUUAGGUUGUCUCAAGACUCAUGUAUUAAUUCACGCUGGAAAGAAACCUCACAAAUGUGAGAUUUGUGGAAAAUGUUUUACUACAUCAGGUUAUCUCAAGACUCACGUAUUAAUUCACACUGGAAAGAAACCUCACAAAUGUGAGAUUUGUGGAAAAUGUUUUGCUACAUCAGGUUAUCUCAAGACUCAUGAUUUAAUUCACACUGGAAAGAGACCUCACAAAUGUGUGAUUUGUGACAAAUCGUUUGGCCAGUCAAGUACUCUUAUGACUCACUCGUUAAUUCACACUGGAAAGAAACCUCACAAAUGUGAGAUUUGUGGAAAAUCUUUUGCUACAUCAGGUUAUCUCAAGACUCAUGUAUUAAUUCACACUGGAAAGAAACCUCACAAAUGUCAGAUUUGUAGGAAAUCUUUUGCUAGGUCAGGCGAUCUGAAGACACACAUAUUAACUCACACUGGAAGGAAACCUCACGAAUGUGUGAAAUGUGGGAAAUCUUUUGCUAGGUCAGGGACUCUCAAGAGGCAUGUAUUAAUUCACACUGGAAAGAAACCUCACAACAGUGAGAUUUGUGGGUAAUUUGUUGCUACGUCAAACUAUCUCAACACAUGACACUAAUUCACACUGGAAAGAAACCUCACAAAUGUGUGAUUUGUGGGAAAUCCUUUGCUAGGUCAGGCACUCUCAAGAGGCUUGGACUAAUUCACACUGGAAAGGAACUUCACAAAUGUGAGAUUUGUGGGAAAUCUUUUGCUGAGUCAGGCGAUCUCAAGAAACAGUCAUUCAUACAUACCUACAAAAAGCCUCACAAAUGUGAUAUUUGUGGCAAAUCAUUUGCUAGAUCAGGUGAUCUCAAGAUACAUGCAGUAGUCCAUAUGGGAAGGGGACCUCACAAAUGUGAUAUCUGUGACAAACGUUUCACUCAGUUGGGGACUUUUAGGACAUAUGCAUUACUUCACAUCAGAAAGUAGCUACAAGUAAUUGUUAGUUCAUGCAAAUAGAUUUUCCUUGUUGGUGCCCUCAAGGCCUAUAAAAUAAUGAAUGUAGUAGAGGGACAAUAAAUUGUAAUACCUGUGAAAUAAAAUUAAACUGUGGUAGAAUUGUGAAAAAAGUGCAAUAAUGUAUAGUAUAUUGUGGUAACAGAUAAUGUGACAUAAAAAUCCCUAUCUUU